AUGGGCUCUACGGUGGUGCUGCUGUCCUUCCUUCUGGUGUCUUUGAGCUGGUCCAGAGGAGCCGUCAUCACGGGAGCCUGUGAGAGAGACGUGCAGUGUGGGUUUGGUCUUUGCUGUGCUGUCAGUCUGUGGCUGAGAGGUCUGAGGAUGUGCGUCCCAAGAGGUGUGGAGGGCGAUGAAUGCCACCCCUUCAGCCACAAGGUGCCCUAUCCAGGGAAAAGGCAACAUCACACCUGCCCCUGUCUCCCACACUUGGUGUGCACCAGAUACGCUGAUAGCAAGUAUAGAUGUACUGAUGACUUCAAAAACAUGGACUUUUAAUGGAUGCCCAAACAUUCAGAUGAAGAAGAACACAGCAGAAACAACAUUUCAGAGUGAAGACUUGAACAGGCUGUGGAUCAGAAACACAUAUUUCAUCUUCACUGACUGUAUUCUUCAUUUGUGUAUCCUAUGCACUAUAAUAUAUAGUUUGUAUAAUAUCAAUGCACACAACGAAGGUGGGAAAAGAGAUGUCAAGACCAUGUAACCAUCUAACAAGAGCCACAGUAGACUUCAGACACUUUUUACUAAAUGAAAACAAGGUUCCUUGGGAAGCUACUUGUGAAUCAUUAAAACAUUUGCUGUUUU